CAUCACUCCCACGCCUCAGAGACGGGAGGUGGAGAUCUGUUCAUCACUCCCACGCCUCAGAGACGGGAGGUGGAGCUCUGUUGAUCAGCGCUGACGUUCUUUUGAUAUAUAUGGAGAAAGUGAAAGACGCCUCGUCUGAUUUGUUAUUGAGGCUGUGUGAUGAUUUCCUCUCGUCUUUCUAAUAAGGUAACAGUGAGUGUGAUUGGUGUCUCUCUCUCUCUCUCUGUAGGGGGCUGAGUGAGGGGACACACUUCUCUCAGUCUCUCUGGGCGAGUGGAGAUGAACACAUGGUGUAGAACGAGGAGGGAGAUGGAAAUGUGUCUGACUUUUCUUCUUCUCUCAUCCACACUCACACUCACAGCAGCUGACAGUGUGAGGUUGGUGGAUGGUGGAAGUCGCUGUGCUGGGAGAGUGGAGGUUCUUCAUGAAGGACAGUGGGGAACAGUGUGUGGUUAUAACUGGGAUAUGAGCGAUGCUGCAGUGGUGUGUGGAGAACUGCACUGUGGAGAAGCUGUAGAUGCACCACAAUACGGUCACUUUGGACCAGGAUCAGGACCAAUCUGGAUGGAUGAUGUGGGCUGUAGUGGAUCAGAGUCGACACUGAAGGACUGUAGAUCACAGGGGAGAGGGGAUCUUUACUGUAGUCAUGUUCAUGAUGCUGGAGUCACCUGCUCAGCUCACAGAAAGUCCAGACUCACUGCUGGUCCUCACCGAUGUUCUGGAAGAGUGGAGGUGCUUCAUGGAGGUUCCUGGUCCACAGUGUGUGAUGGUGACUUUGACCAGCAGGAUGCAGAGGUUGUGUGUCGAGAGCUGGACUGUGGGAUUCCUGUGAAGGUUCUGGGAUCAGCUGCUUUUGGUCGAGGGGAGGGUCAGGUGUGGACAGAGGAGCUUCAGUGUAGAGGAAAUGAAUCUGAUAUUAGCCUCUGUCCAAUAUCAUCUUCACUCAAACACUCAAACUGCUCCCAUCACAAUGAUGUGGGAUUAAUAUGUUCUGGUCACACAGAGGCUCGGCUGGUGAACAGAUCAGACUCCUGUUCUGGUCGAGUGGAGCUCCAGUACCUCAGUGAGUGGGGCACAGUUUGUGCUGUAGGCUGGGAUAUGAGAGCUGCAGAUGUUCUCUGUGCACAGCUGGAUUGUGGGAGUGCUGUGGCUGUGGUGGAGGUGGACUGGUUUGGGAGGGAAUGGCCACAUCUGGGCUGA